CGCAAUUAAGGGCAGGUUUGAUUGUAUAAAAGAUUGCAUUACAGCUGUAGUAUGACUCUGAAGAAGUCUUUUUAGGUCAUGGCUUUUUCCUUCGGGAAAAUACUUCAUUAAGCCUUAAAACUGGCAGCGCUGAGCAGACCUAUAAGAUCCCGUUUGCUGUAAUGCACACAUGCAGGCUCAUUGGCUGCGGGCGGGUUGACACAGUUUCCCUGCCUCUCCGCCUCAUGCAGCUGUAGCGGCUGCUCGGAGCCUGUGGAGCCAGCAGGUGGUACUCUCACUGUCGGCUGUGUCCGGCUGUUGAACGCGAGAGGAGUCCUGAGCACCAGGACGAGGACAGAGAGAGGGGAAAAAAAGCAAAGAAAAGAGCGGUGGCUUCUUCUCUGGUCGGAGAUGGACCCACACGGGAAUGCGGUCACUUCUGUCACCGAGGUCAGCAGCUCUGCCUCGUCCGGCUUGUGACUCUCCGGGCUCCGCAGAGGUGAUCGGUGGAGUCCGGUGGCCGGGACAGGACUGUGCGGACAGUGUGCAGGCUGCGGCGGACUGUGUGCGGUGCCUUGCGGAGAACCCCCCCACCCUCACUCACACACAUACACACACCACCACCACCCCUGGAGAAUAAAGCAUCUGGUAGCUCAGACUGAAAGAAAGACACCAAGACAGCAGCUUCAGCGCGGGAUUGUUGUCAGACUCACCAAUGGUUUACACCGACAUGGGAAAGGAAGCCUCAGUCACCCUGUAAGAUGUUUCCUCACCACAGAGAAAGGGAGCAGCCAAUCUUCAGCGCCCGGGCACAUGUCUUCCAGAUCGACCCCACCACCAAGAGGAACUGGAUCCCCGCCAGCAAACAUGCCGUCACCGUGUCCUUCUUCUACGAUGCCAACCGUAACGUGUACCGCAUCAUCAGCGUGGGCGGGACCAAGGCAAUCAUCAACUGCACCGUUACACCCAGCAUGACAUUUACCAAGACGUCCCAGAAGUUUGGACAGUGGGCGGACAGCAGGGCCAACACUGUGUACGGCCUCGGUUUUGCUACGGAGCAACAGCUGCAUCAGUUCUCUGAAAAGUUUAAGGAGGUGAAAGAUGCAGCUCGUCUGGCACGAGAAAAGUCACAGGAUAAGGAACUGGCCAACUCGGCGCUCACCAUAGCUGCUCCUCAGUUCUCACAGGACCUCUCGGACGAACUCCAGUCUCCACCGGUGAUGUGUGUGAACGGACCAGAGGACAAGCUGUUCCGCAGCCAGAGCGCAGACAUCACCCUGUCGUCUGAGAAGGAGCGCAUUAAAAAGAUGCUCUCUGAAGGGUCUAUUUGUGAGAUGAACCUGGAGGCCGAGCUCUUCACUUUGCAGGACAGCAACUCCAAGCUGGUGGCAGCUUUGCAUGAGGCUAAUGCUAAUGUGGAACAGUGGAAGAAACAGCUGGCAGCGUAUCAGGAGGAGACAGAGAGACUUCGAGACCAGGUGGCUGAAUUAGAGGCCCACGGAGGCCAAGGCCCCAGUGACCUGCUGAAGGACGAGCUGUCCCAGUCCCUGGAGGAGCUUGAGGCCCUGCUGAAGGCCAAGGAUGAGGAAAUCCACAUUUUGCAAAGCAAGAAAGCAGAGUACCACGAGAUGGAACAUGACAGGGAUGAGGCCAUCCACAGAUUACGGGAGAUGGAGAUGCGUAACUCAGAGUUGGAGCGUCGCAUCCAGAACUCAGAGCAGAACCUGAAUAACUCUCUGGAGGAACGGGAUCGCAUGGACUCUGAAAUCCAGAGGGCCAUUGAAAUUCUGGACAUCAAGAUCUUUGACCUUAAUGACCUCCGCCAGAGCCUGGUUAAACUCAUUGACAAAUAAGAGAGGAGCGGGGCGGGCCCAACCUGAGAGGGAGAAGGAACAGAUGACAGGGUAAAAUUUUUAGCACGGCCAAUGCAGCGGGGGAGUAAACAAAACAAAGAUGGAGCUGGUCCUUUUCAAGCACAAGAACCCCCUCAGCUGCAGGAAGGGUUCUCCGUGUCUGGGUUGCAGCAGUGGACUGUGCUGUACUCCACAACAUACCGUAGGUGUUGGCCUAAGCAACAGCAGCAUAUAUGUGGUUUUGCUUGUCUGAUCUAAUGUUAACGCUUCCUAUUGCUUUCAAGGGUAACAUUCAAUGCAAUAAACCAACCUUAAGGUAAGUGCUUCACAGUGCUAGACAUUUAAUAUUGAGAAGUGGUGCUUGUAGUUUUUCAUGCACAAAAUCGUGAUGCAGUGUCAAUACGAGUAAGAGGCCUUCUUCUUCUUCUUCUUUUUUUUUUAUUGACAGCUGAUUAAAACAUCUUUACAAUAAAAUGAGUACAUCCAAACAAAGACAGCGAGAGCAUAUUCAGUGUAAAGUGAAAGCAAGUAAAAACUGUACAAGAAAAAAUUCCAUGUAAGAGAUUUACCCAUUUAACAACCUGCGUACAAUAUCAUUAUUACUGAAUUAACAAUUGACAAAGUUGAUUUGCGCACGGCCUUUAGUCACCUUUGCAUAAUGUAGCAGCUAUGAUGUUUAAAGUGAAAGACAGAGCAGUUCUAGAUGGUGCUUUUCCACAUGAGUAAGCAGUGCCAUAUAUUCAAGGUCAGUAAUAUAGUACGCUAGUAGUGUUUUAUAUUUAGAUAAGGCAUGGGCACACAACUUAAACAUUAGAUCUGAAUACUGACACCAAAGAUCAAAUGUUAAGAGCAGAGUCAAUGAUAAAGCCUUUCAGCAGCUCGCCUGUUAUCACACCUUUAUGUAAGCUUGUUAAGAAACCUUUAAAUCUAAGAUAAAAAAGUACAUUUCAGUAGAUAGGAUAAAUGCAGAAAUAUAAAUCAGGAUGAAUGUGUGUUUUCCACCUGAUAUAAAUCAGUAAUGCUACAGGUCUUAAGUAAACACAAGAGCUAAAUCAUCACUUAGUAUUAGAUAAGUUUGACUGGUCUGGACUGGCCCAGUCGCAGUACUCUUCCUGUGUAUCCUCUCUUGUCAAACUGCUCACUCAGCAAUUUACUUAUGAUAAGACAUUUUCAAGGAAAUUUACAAGACUUUUUCUGCCUUCUGUCAUUUUUCAGCACGUUACCUUUAGCUGUGGACAAUACGCCAUACGCCUUCACAGAGACUUUUAUCUCACAGACUGUACUGGUUAACAUAGUCUAUAAUACUAUGUUGGUAUGUUUUUUUCAAGCCUUAUCGUUCUAUUUUAAGAGUGGUUGUUGAUAGUCAUGCCAGCUCUAUGUCUCUUUGAGCUGCUGUCAUGACUGUUUGGAAAUAAAGGCAAAGAAUACAGUCACUUAA